CCGCACAAUCAUGACAUCACCGUGAUGCAUGGAGCAAAUGACGUACAGCAACAGUGGCAGUUCCUUGCAACUGAGCUACAGGGACAGGACCCUGACACAGCGAUCUGGUUUCAUCACCGCCGGUCUCGAUCCUUCCAUUCGUUACCAAGGUUGAUCAUACAUGACGCAAGGAGUCCGUCAUGAACUGAACUUCAACCCGGGUUCAACAGCUUAAAUAGCGAGCAAUUCCCGCUGCAAUCGGUUUCUUCUUCAUCAACACAACUCUCUCAAACACACUCUACUCUACAACAACCAAACCAAACCAAACCAAACCACUUUUCCAAUCUUCAAACCAACCUUUACAAUGGAGACCGUCAAGAACGCCGCCAACUACGUUACCGAGUCCAUCCAGGGCGCCGGUGCCUCCGCCUCCAAGGAGGCCAACAAGAACGUCGCCAAGGACAACGACGCCAGCCUUAGCUCUCGCGCCACUGCCGCCAAGGACGCUGUUGUCGACAAGAAGGACGAGAAGUCUCAUGAUACCAAGGCCGAUGUCCACAAGGAGGCUGCUAAGCACUAAGCGACAUUCCCUUUUUACGCUUCAUGCUUCGUUCCCCGCUACUGCGAUGAAAUGAGAUGAACUCUGCGGAGGUUAUGAUAUGGAUUCGUUUCGUGACAGCAUGUACUUAUACCCUACGUUACCAUGAAGAAACGAUUUGAAACUUGCAAUCUCUGGGU